AAGCAGGCUAGCAUCGCCAAGGGUGGGCGUUGGGGUGGGCAAGGCAGACAGACAGACAAGGGUGCGGCCAGACGGGGCGAAAGUUGGCAGAGUGACUCAGCUGGCGUGGCGCGGCACCCAAACAAACCCGGCCAUUAGGCACCCCCGGCCGAGCACCCUGACCCUGGCCCUGGCACUUGACGUAUGAAGCACUGAAAACACUCCGCUCAACCCUUCUUCCAACAGUGGGGAUGCGCCUGCGGGCGCUGGAUGGCCGAUGGCUGUCGCUGCUGGUGCUGCUGGCCGGCCAGGUCAUCUUCACAGUGUAUUAUGUGGUGGUCGUGGCGCCCCUGAAGCCGCCCCCAGCCCAGCCCGUGGCCCCCGUCAGCGUCAACUUUGUCGACGCUCCUCUGGUCAACACCUCGUCCGGUCGAAACCCGCUUUUGUCCGCACCCGUCUAUCUCAGCAGAUUGCAACUGGACAGGAGAAAGUCUUUCCUCGGACUGAACUCAAGCGACUGUUUUCUGCCAGGCACUGAAGUUGACUUUUCCCAGCGCAUGGGAAAAUGCCAAUGUCAGCCUGGCUGGCAUGGGCAGGACUGCGGCCUCCCAGAGGUCAUCCUUAGGGCUUUCAUAACAGCAAAAUAUACGGAGCCUCCGAAGCUUCGUCGCAAACCACGCAGGGUCCUCUGCCUAGUCCGAUGGACCUCUGAUACCCUGACUGAGAUUCUCUUCUCCGAGCUAGACGCUGUUGUCGACCUCUUUAUUGUGGACAAGAAGCCGGAUGCGAAAUUCAACAAAGAGAAGGUCCUGGUGCUGCAGAACACGGAUUGGGCCUUUGUGAAACACCAAUUGAUCGACUUAAGGUACGACGAUCUGGUACUGAGUGUGGACGACAGUGAGAUCCCCAACCCUAAUGCGCUGCUGUUUUUGAAGUUCUACAAUGGGUGGCCAUAUGAGCCUAUUACAUUUCGAAUGAGGUGGUCAGUUUUUGGCUUCUUCUGGCUGCACCCUCAGCUCACCACUCUGGCAGGAAGGGUCUGCUCUGUUGGAACUCUGGCUCGGACUUUUAGAGAUGAUCUUCGAGCAAUGAGGUCAAGCAAAGAGGUGCUGGUGGUUGGCGAUCUGAACCACUUUGGCGGCUGGCGUUGUCAGCUUUGUCUGGACAGCGCCGAAGAUAUUCUGCACCAAGCCCAGACCUUGAAAGACCCAGCCUGGAACCUCAAGAGUCGACGGGUGGAUGCCGAAUACGUUUCCGAACUGGUGGGACAGGGUUUGUGGGUGGAUGGCCGGACGCACCUGCUGAGGGCCAGUCCGUCCAGGGAACAGAACUAUUUUGCGCCGGCUGUGGUGCGGAAAGGCAACUUUGGCCACCUUCUGCACAAUUUUUACGAGCAGAAUGACUAUUGAUUUUGACUCUUGUAUUUUUUGUCAAUUAAUUUUUUGCAUUUGCAAGUUUGAAUGGACACGACUUAUUUUAAAAUGUUUCUCUCUCAUUUUUCUGCUAAUUUCAAACAGUUUUUAAAAUCUACUUGCUAAAUGUUAAAUAUUAAUGCGAGGCAGAAAAGAAAGUUAAUCUGAUCUGUGAUAAAUCAAGUGUAACCAUAAUUAAUCUGAGAGAAGAAUUAAAAAUUGAAACAAUCAGAAGAGUGACCUCGAUGUGAGGAAAAGCCUGCCAAGUGCUUGCCAGGGUUGUAUCUAAUUGUAUGUUUAAGAAUGCGACCAACGAACUUUUGUGAUGGACUGAGAGUCUGGUUUUGUGUAGAGAUUGAGAAAGUUGUUUGUAUUCAAAUCAUUUGGCAGUGCACAAAAACAAGGACUGACUGUCAAGAGCUGAACUAUUUGUAGGAAUAAUAAAAGCAAAGGAAUCAUACCUGAAAUAUAAAACGUAAUAAUAAAAUCACUAUCAAAAUGAUAUGAAACACGGCUUGGUAAUAGAAAGAAUUUCCUUUUAUUUUUCUCUCAUGACAAAACUCACAACAGAAUACAUCAAUGGUAUCAAAAAGUU